AUGGCGGCCGAUGGCUCCGAGCGCCACACGGCGCAGGUGGUGGGCGCUGAGGGGGAGAUGGACGGCCCCGCGCUGGAGCGGUUCGCGGCGGCGGCGGGGCUCGUGCAGCGCGGCCUCUCCUACGCCGUCGUCUCCAUCUUUGGGCCCCAGGGCAGCGGGAAAAGCACCCUGCUCAACCAUCUCUUCGGGACAAGCUUCACCGAGAUGGAUGCCUUGAAAGGAAGGAAUCAGACCACCAAGGGGAUUUGGGUUGCCGAAGCUGUUGGCAUCGAGCCGUUCACUCUUGUGAUGGAUUUGGAGGGGACGGAUGGGAGGGAAAGAGGGGAGGAUGAUACAGCCUUUGAGAAGCAGAGUGCCCUUUUCGCUCUUGCAGUUUCUGAUAUUGUAAUGAUAAAUUUGUGGUGUCAUGACAUAGGCCGAGAACAUGCGGCUAACAGGCCUCUUUUGAAAACUAUAUUUGAGGUUUUGAUGCGUUUAUUCAGCCCUCGGAAAACGACGCUACUGCUUGUGAUCCGUGAUAAAACAAAGACUCCCGUAGAGUAUCUUGCCCAGGCUCUAAAGGAGGAUAUCCACAAGAUAUGGGAUUCUGUUCCCAAACCAGAAGUCUUCAAGAAAGCUGCGCUAAGCGAAUUCUUCAAUGUGGAGGUCACCGCAUUGUCAAGUUAUGAAGAGAACGAAGAACUAUUUAAGGAGCAGGUUGGGAAACUCAGGCACAAGUUUAUUCAUUCAAUCGAUCCUGGUGGUUUAGCAGCUGAUAGAAGAGGUGUCAUACCUGCUUCAGGUUUCUGUAUUAGCGCAAUGCAUAUCUGGAAAGUAAUACGAGAAAAUAAGGACCUUAACCUUCCCGCUCACAAGAUCAUGGUUGCUACUGUUCGUUGUGAAGACAUUGCGGAUGAAAAGCUUAGAUGUUUUAUGUUGGAUGAGGGUUGGUUGGAGCUGGAGGCAGCUGUAACAUCCGGUCCAGUACGAAGCUUUGGCAUGAAGCUUAGCGACAUUAUUGAUUUUUAUCUAUUAGACUAUGACAUGGAAACCAUGUACUUCGACGAAGGUGUGAGAACUGUCAAACGUCAACAGUUACAAUCUGAAAUUGUAAAUCACACGCACCCUGCUUUUGAGACAGUGAUAGAACACCUGCAUUGCACGGUCCUCAGUAAAUUCAAAAACGAUCUAGAACAAUUAUUGAGGAGUGGUGAGAGAUUUGCAGCAUCAGCUCGUCAUUGUGCCCAGUCUUCAUCAGUAGAGUUUGAGGCAGGAUGGAGAGAUGCAGUAGUUAAACAUGCAGACUGGGAUGCUACAAAUAGCAGGAACAAACUGCAGCAGAGUAUGGAAGUUCAUACAGCAUGUUUGAGGAUUGCAAAAUUGGAUGAACUAAAAGCUACUUAUAAGAAGAAGCUCUUGGAUGCACUUUCUGGACCUGUACAAUCAAUCCUGGAAACUGGCGAGCGAGACUCUUGGGCAUCUAUUAGGAGAUUAUAUAGGCGUGAGACCGAACAUAUUAUAUUGACAUUUUCAGAUUCCCUUUCUGAGUAUGAACUAGAUCAGACAACUUCUGUUGAAAUGGUCUUAGAAUUAAGGGAACAUGCAAAAUGUACAGUAGUAAAGAAAGCUCGAGAAGAAGCUGGAAACAUCCUUAUUCGUAUGAAAGGAAGGUUUUCAACUGUGUUGAGCCAUGAUAAAGAUUUGAUGCCAAGGACAUGGAUGGCAAAUGAAGAUAUACAUGCAAUCACCCGAGAAGCACGCUUAGCGGCGUUAAGGCUUAUGUCGGUAAUGGCAGCUGUAAGGUUGGAUGAUAAACCAGAUAAAAUAGACCGGGCUCUGAUGGUUUCUCUUCUAGAUGGAGGACCACUUUGCUGGAAGAGGAGCAUCGAGUUCACUUCUGAUCCACUAGCUUCAACCACAUGGCAAGAGGUGUCACCACAGGAUACACUAAUCACACCAGUGCAGUGUAAAUCCAUCUGGAGGCAAUUCAAAGCUGAGACGGAGUAUCCUGUUGCACAAGCAAUUUUGAUGCAGGAAGCACACAGACGUAGUAAUAAUUCAUUACCACCUGCGUGGACCAUUCUUGUUCUUGCAAUACUUGGAUUCAACGAAUUUAUGUUUCUUCUUAGGAACCCUGUAUAUAUUCUGGGGCUCUUUCUCGCUUUUGUUCUAUCCUAUGCUGUAUGGUUGCAAUACGACAUUAGGGCUUAUUUCCGUCACGGCACUGUGUCUGGACUUAUCACUGUUUCGUCAAGUCUCCUCCCCACUAUCAUGGAUAUCGUAACGGCGAUCAUCAACAUGAGCCACAGGAAGAAGCACUCCUUGCACCGGUCUCGCCGAGCCCCGCCAUACCAUGCUCAAAGCUUGAGCAACCAGUCGCAGCAACACGCUGAAGUGCACUAUCAUGCUUCUCCAGACUCGCCGUCCUCGGUGGACUCAAGCAGUGGAGGUGACUCUUGA